AUGUCUUCCUCUUCCACUAAAACUGAAGUGUCCCUCAAGCUUCUUAUUGAUACCAAGAAUGACAAAGUUUUGUUCGCCGAAGCAUCCAAAGAUGUUAUUGACUUUCUGUUCAAUUUGCUAUGCUUGCCAAUUGGUACUGUUGUUAAGCUCCUGAGUACUAAUGCCAUGGUUGGUAGCUUAGGUAAUCUGUACAUGAGUGUUGAAAACAUGAGUGAUAAUUACAUGCAGCCAAAUCAAAGUAAGGAUGUUUUGUUAAACCCAAAAUCUCAUAGCUCUUCAACUCAAAUAGCUGGCUUCAUUACCCACAACAAUGACAAUGAUGACCAUGAUGAUGGAACUAAUUUAUUCAUGUGUCCAAGUAAGUGUAAAUUUGAAGUGACCAAUGAUAACACUACUCACUGUUCCCGGUGCCAGCAAUUUCUGCACCAACCAGUCACUUAUAUACAAAGUGAUAAGGUUGCUCAAAAGAGUACUACCAUUAAGGGUGGUUUUGUGAAAGAUGUUAUAACCUUUAUGGUGAUGGAUGAUUUGGUCAUUGAGCCUAUGUCUACCAUAUCUAGCAUUACUCUCCUCAACAAAUUCAAUGUUAAAGAGAUUGGUACCUUGCAAGAAAAGGUGGUUGAAAUGGGGAUGGAUGAGGGUAUCAAGUUGCUUAAGGCUUCUCUUCAAACCAAAAUGGUUUUGACAACUGUUUUCAUCAACAAGGAAAAUUGA